AUGUGUUUCUACAAAAUGGUGUUCUCGACGUUUUUAACGGUGUGGGUCUUCAUAAGUGCAAAAGGUAUACACGGAGAAAUAUUUACCUCGCUCUCGCAACUCAAAGGCCUUGUUCGCUUGGAAGGCGCGCUGUCGAAAACACUCGACAAUUACCUGGAACAACAAUCGGAAGCUCCCGAUAUUAUACGAACAUUUGCCGAUCAUGUUAGAAUGGAAAGCCAAAUCGCCAAAAGCGAUAUUGAGAGAUACGUGUUUCACCCCAUCAAUUCUUUUCAGCUUGUGAGAAGGUUUGUAAGGCAUUGGAAAGAGCUGGGAUCUUACCUCGAAAAAGGAGCUCCAAAUGGUGAGUGCGAAUAUUACAGCUUGUUUCAAUCCAAGGCCGUAAAGCAAAAAAAGUGAAAAAAAAACUGCAUGGAUGAGCGAGUGUAUUGUUGACUUACAUGAACAAGCGGAAAUUUUCUAGAGCGUGAGGGGCUUGCUAAAGAUGCACAAGCGACUUAACCGUCUUUAGUUCAUAUAUUUAAAAGGAGAAAAACUCUUUUUUAAUUUGGUGUGACUUUCAUUUUUAAGAUCUUCAGUGGGAGCUUAGAAUUAAUCAUCCAGCAUUUCCAACGUCCCAAGACUUCAUGGGAAGCAUUUCAGCGAUUCUGCGCAUUCAAGAGGUUUAUAAACUUAGCGCAUGCGUAGUCGCUGACGGUAAACUGCACGCUGGAAACAACAGCGGGAGACUGGGCGCAGAUGAAUGUUACGAACUGGGUGUCGUCAGUGAUUCGAAGAAAAAUUACGAUGAUGUCAUCGAGUGGAUGAGGGAAGCACUAAAGCGUAUGAGCCCGCCUUAUAAAUACAGCGGUGCACUGUCAAAAGUUGACGUCCUGGAAUAUUUGUCAUGGGCCGAGUACAAGGUAGGUUUUAACCUCGUUCCCAGGGUCCUCUCCUACUCAUCUUUACGUGGAGACGAAUACUAGAGGACUGGAUACGAGGUUGGGUAGGUCUGUCUGCUUGAAAUAAGAGGUUAUGUUUUGCAACCAAAGUUAGACAGAAACAUUGAGGCCAAGUGGCUAUGCUAAUAGUUCCAAUUUUCAUCUGGUGUUAGUUUGAUGCCGAAAGAUUGUUUGAUUUUCACAUUAAGGUUGUCAAGAACUGUAAUUGUUUGGCCAGAAAGGGUUUCACAUAAUUCACCCUUCACUAUUUUCAAAUAUCCUUCUCGAAGUCUUUCAUCUGAAUCAUCUCCAUGAAAACGAGGUUGUCUUAACCCAAAGUAAACUCGUCCCCAGGGCGUUUUCCUUGGAAAAUGGGAGGAAAAGUCCUGGGGACGAGGUUGAACCCAACGCCGCUCUUGUGGGAGCGACCAGGCCUUUUGCAAAAUAAGCGUCUAACGUUUAUUUGCUAGAUAUGAGAAAUCUCGACAUGAGAUCAGGAGGUCAUAGAAUUGUGGUUAAAUGAAUGACAUUUGCAAACAUCAGCUAUUAUUUCUACUGCUUUCAUUGCGCGGUAUUUCGUUGGGUCCUAAUGAUUUGCUAAAUCUGCUGUAUGAUUAAACUAACUUGUCGCAUGAAAUAAAAAGACAAAAACAUGCAGGACAUUUGACCAAGCUGCAGAUCGAGGUUUUAGACUCUGUGACGCAUUAAGUUGCUGUAAAGUUUUAUUAUUUUUAUUUGUGCAUUAUAUUCUUACAGCUUGGGCUUUUCGAUGAUGCUAUUACACACACAAAAGACAUUCUACAAAAAGGUAUAGCUAAUAGUAAGGUGUUAGCAUUUAUUUUUUCAAAAGUACGCUUUGAGUUUUUAAUGGUAAUGGAUUGCGUACUACUUCAUUUCGCCUUACAAAGCUUUUACAAUGCCAUAUCGGCGCGUAAAGCAUGGUUUCGCUAGCUAGAACAGCACCAUAAGUGCGAGCAAGUUUUCAUCGAUUCUCAAACGGCCUCUAUAUAUACGCAUAAGCACUACCUCAAGUAGGAUCUAGCACCUGGCCGCCCGUUCGGGGUAGGGGUUGAGACGAAGAAACGGUAGAGACUUGAGACUUGAGACGUCCUCAAGCACCAUAGUACAGGAAGAAAACUUCUCUCUACGCUUUUGCUUGUGUUUGUGCUUCUAUUGAUGCGGUGUUGUUGGUAUACUUACUUUGUGUGUGUACGGCUUGCGUUAUGCUUGCAUCUCUACCAGGUUCAACAUUAGAUCUAGGUGAUGGUCAGUUUUCUAUUCUGCAAGCAGAUUUGAAUUUUGGAUUCGCGACUAAUAACUUUUAACUGCUUUUUGCAGAUCCAAAGAAUGAACAAGCUAAAACUAACCUAGAUUACUUCAGAGCAGAGCGGUUAAAACGCGAUUCACUGACAGAGAACUCAGAGAAGUCGCGCAAAAACGAAAUCAAUAACAAAGGACAAUUUUCCUCCACUUAUGAGAGGUUAUGC